AUGUCCAGGCUCUCUGACAACCGCCUCCUCUGCUUCGAUGUCUAUGGCACCCUUGUCGACUGGGAAUCCGGUCUAGAAGCCGCCUUGAAACCCCUCCUGGAAAAGGGCAAUGCCCAUGUAUCGCGGGCUGAGAUUCUCAAGAUGUUUGAGGAGCUGGAGCACGAACAGCAGACCCUGACGCCAGACAUGCCGUACUAUCAAGUUCUCGCCUCAGUCCACCCUAAGAUCGCUCAGCGUCUUUCUCUGCCACCGCCGACGGAGGAGGAGAGCGUGAAGUUCGGCGAGAGUGUGGGCACGUGGCCUGCCUUCCCCGAUACCGUCGAGGCUCUGAAGCGGUUGUCCAAGCACUUCAAACUGGUUGUGUUGUCCAACGUGGAUCGCGAGUCGUUUGCAAAGACCAAUGCCGGCAGUCUGGAGGGGAUCCAUUUCGACCGCAUCAUCACCGCGCAGGAUAUCGGCUCCUACAAACCCGACCUGCGCAAUUUCGAGUAUAUGUUGAAGACGGUGCAAUCGGAGCUGGGUGUGGAGAAAGAGCAAGUGCUCUCAACGGCCCAGAGUCAGUUCCAUGACCAUCGGCCAGCCUCGAAAGUCGGCAUCAAAUCUGUCUGGAUUCAGAGACAAGGGUCGAUCAUUGGCAACGUCAGCGAUCCCAUCUACAACUGGAGAUUUGAUACUCUGGGUGAUAUGGCAACUGCUGUGGAGGGUGGUCAGUAG